CGGCUGUUGAGAAGAACAAUCCUUAUCCUUUACGAUUUGAAAGAAAAGAGGGGAGGUGGUCACUCGUCGUCACACACAAACUAGACACACACAGCAGCUGUGUGAUCUGUUCUCACCAGUGCAUCAGUGCAUGUGGGAUGAUCCCUCUGGAAUUGCGCAGAGGUGGUUAGGAGGUGAAAGGAGUGUUGAGUAGGUGGUUUUGGGCGCGCGCUGUGCUUUGCCGUAGUUAGCUCUCCUUGUUCAGCGGAGACACGCAUUUUGCUUUGCUCCAGGCACAGGUUAGCAUUGCAUUUCAUAACUGCGAGCAUUCUGUCCCGUGCUUUCAUCCCCUCCUCCUCUUUACCCCUUCCGUCUCUCCGCUUCCUGCUUGCUCUGACCCCCUCCCCGGACUGUGUACCUUCUCUAGUUCCUGCUCUUGAAGUCCAAGCAAGUUGGAAUGGCAGCCUAUAUGUAUCCAUGGCAGCCUAUACGUAUCUAUGGGCUACAAGGCAGUGAGGUGUCUGCCGGCUGUGGGGCUUGCGUUGAUGACACGGCAAUUUUUGAGUAGGUGUAGCGGCCGGUCACUGUUAACUGUGACGUCUGGCAUGAGAGGCGGUGGGGAUUGUAUGCGGUAGCAGCGUUAUUGGUUUUACCUGCAAGCAGCUCAUCCUGCCUGCCCAGCUGGACGAGACGACAGGCUAGUCCAUCAUGGAUUCCCUGUUCCAGAAGAACCUGCCCGAUCUGGUGAAAGGGCUGCGUGUCACAAUGGUCGGCGAGGGUCGGUAUCUCGCUCAAGCGAUGGCGGAUGUUCGCCGCGAGAUCAAGUUCAACGACCCCCAUGUGAAGACUGUUGCCUUGCAGAAACUAAUGUAUAUUCAGAUGCUGCAGGGGCUUGACGUGUCGUGGGCCGCCUUCAAUGUGAUAGAGGUCAUGAGUCUGCCGCGCUUUUCUCACCGGCAAGUCGGUUAUCAGGCCGCUAGCCAAUUCUUCAACGACGAUACUGAUGUUAUGCUGCUCAUUACUAACCUGCUUAGGAAAGACCUUGCCAGUCCCAAUCAAUACGAAGCCGGCAUGGCACUGAACUGUCUGGCAAGUAUCGUCACUCCCGACCUCGCUCGGGAGCUUCUGGCUGAUGUGCUUGGGUUGCUGAACAGCGGCCGUCCCUACCUGAAGAAGAAAGCUGCUGCUGCGCUUGUCCACUUUGUUCGCCGCUACCCUGACUGUUUGCGUAUGACAAUCCGCAGGCUGACUGAGCGGAUGGACGAUAGUGAUAUCAGUGUCAAGUGUGCAGCCGUGAGCACCUUGUGUGAGAUGGCUGUUUGCGACCCAGCUCCUUACCUUCCUCUUGCGCCGGACCUCUAUCAGAUGUUGAUCUCUUCCUCGAACACCUGGCUGGUCAUCAAGCUGGUGAAGAUCUUUGGCAUCCUUGCACCUCUAGAGUCUCGGCUCGGCCGCAAGCUCGCUGAUCCAUUGCACGCAAUCCUGACGAAGACUCAAGCCAGAUCCCUGAUUUUUGAAUGCGUCCGCACGAUUACUGUCGCGUUGCCGAACCACGUGGGCCUGGUCAAAGUGUGCGUUCUCAAACUUCGCGAAUUCCUCGGAAGUGGGGACCAGAAUCUCAAAUACUUGGGACUGCGAGCAUUAUCCCACCUGAUGCCCCAGCAUGUGGCUGUCAUUGCGCCCUACAAGGAUUCAGUCCUUGGUUGUCUGGACCGGCUGGACCCCUGCGUUCAGCGAAUGUCUCUCAGUUUGCUGACUGCAAUGGUGAGCGAGUCUAGUCUAAGGGAUACCGUCCGCGUGCUGUUGCGCUUCAUGCGUUCUGCAGACGGAGGCCUGCGUGACGAUCUUGUCUCGUCAAUACUCUCCAUGUGCGGCCGCGAUCACUAUCGCAUGCUCCACGACUUUGGAUGGUAUGUCGCGGUGCUCGUCGACCUCGCCAAGAUUCCGGAAAGUAUCCAUGGUCACGAGGUGGCAAGGCAAUGGGUUGAAAUCAUCCUGAGAGUUGAGGGUGUCCGAGCUGAGGCUGUCAAUCAACUGCGCAGUCUGCUCAUCGACCCCGUUCUACUCGGUGGGCCGCCAAAACAUCCAACUGUCCACCAUGUCCUCGCUGCCGCUGCAUGGGCAACGGGGGAGUAUGCCCCUCAUGUUGCAGAUCACCGGCAAAUGCUGGAGGCAUUGCUCCAGCCGAGGGUGAAGCUCCUUCCAGCUCGUGUGCAGGCUGUGUACCUGCAAGCCAUUCUCAAGAUUUAUGUGUAUGCAUCGACGAGAAACGAUAGGAUGUUGUAUGUAGCGCCAUCGCGCUCCCCCCGAGGUAGAUCGAGGAGCAAUCAAGGUCAACGAGGAGGAACGCCUAAUAGCCCUCGCUCCCGAAAAUCUCCUUACGGAUCUGGAGGAAGCAACUUACCAAAGCUUCCCCUCACAGUCGCCUCAGAGUCACCAUCUUCCUCGUCCUCUCCAGCAUCAGCAGUAGUGUCUGAUGGAAGCUCAAAUCUGCAGCCAAAGUCUGCUGCGCUCCCUGCCACAACAGAGAAGGGCUCCACCGUCGGUGGCAACAUCCCUGUUGGGAGGGGGAGUGGGAAUGGGAGCAGUGUCACAGACGCUCCUUCCUCCACGCCCUUGGAACCGUCUUCUGAAACAGCGGCAGAAAGUCAGCAGGAUAUGUCAAACCUCCCGGAUAACGAUGUCCCCGAAAACGUCUUGGAAAGGGGAGGACAGGGCAGCGAUGGGGGUGCACGAGCUGUCAGUGUUGGAAGCGACACAGAGCCUACCGGCGACGACGUGGCAGUGGAGACAUCACUGUCAGAGAAACAGUUGCGGUCACCUUCUCUCUCGAGUCCACCCCCUGUUGCCGUCGGAAAAGGGGCUCUGCCAUCCCGGGACAGAAGCGGAUCAGGUUUAGCUAUGGCAAAAAAUGAGAGAGAAAGGCAAAAGCGAGGAUCGGGGUCAGGGUCGGGCAUCGCUGGAGGAGGGCGGGACGUGUCUGGGCACAGGAGGGGACCCAACUCAGGGUGGGACCGAACAGAGGUAGACGGAUUGGGGUACUUGAUCCGGGCUCACAUCGAUAUGUUCUCAGAGUCUGUGGACCUGGAAGUGCGCGAACGGCUCGGGAACCUUACCUCUGUGCUCGACCACUUGGGUGUUCCCGACAGCGGAGCGGUAAUCCCAGUAGAAGAAUGGAAUACCGCUGCGAAUCAGGCGAGAACGUCCGCAGACCAUCGGCAAUUGUUUUCGGAGGGACGGUACAUCCUGCUGACAAUGUGCAGAGUGUUCCGCGAAGAGCAAAUGGUUGCAGUUUCCCGAAAUGCACAGAAACGCGUUGCUGUCCCAGAUUGCCUUGUCCUUGAGGAGUCGUUGGACUCGCUGGACGAAGUGCUCGGAACGGAAGAGAACGAGCGAAAAGCAGGGUGCAGAUAUGGUGUAUGGGAAGGUGAUGAGACUGGAACCAUCACAUUUAGGGAGAGAAGGCCUAAGCAGGCAGGGAACCCUGCCGUGGCGGCUGCUGCUAAGCUGCAACUCGACGAGCACAGGCAGAAGAAUGAAAUUUACUACUUGUCGUCGCCGUCGUCUUCAUCGAAGAAGAGCUAUUCAUCUUCUUCUGUGGAAGACUUGCGCGACGAGGCUUACCCUGCGGCAGAGCUGUCAGAAUCACUGAAAAGGAUGUCAGAGGACUCCGGCAACACAGGCGAGGCACGUGCACUGUCAGAAGUAUCACGAUCAAGUGCUCGAGGUGAGAGGACGACAGUUGGUGAGGUGCCAAGCCGUCGGAAGGGGGUCAAGAAGCUCAUUGUGAACCUUGACGGGGGGGGGGGGGAUGAUGUUGCACAUGCGUUGGAGGGAGUGCAGGCAGAGGGCAAUUUGCCGACAACAGCGAGAGGAUCAAUGCAUAACCACGAUGCUGUGAGUGAGACGGAGAGAAGAACAAAGGAUGAGGGGCAGAAGGGACACAGAAAAUGCGGAACGAACAGGAAAGGUGUACGCAGCAGUGGAGCGCAGCAAAAGGCUAACAAGAAAAAAGCGAGCAUGGAGAAGGGGGAGGCAGAGACCAGACUCGUGACGCCACAGAACUGCGAGCAUGAGGAUUACCGUCAGUCAUGCCAAGAGAAUGGCGGUGACGAAUGGCAACAGGGAGGAGUACACGAGGCAAUCGAGCAAUUACUGGACGGGGAGAAUAUAGGACGACCUAAGGAGGAAGUGCCUCUGAUAGACCUGAAUGGAUGAAGUGGAGGUGGAAGAGGGUAUAUUAUAGGGAAACGGGAGGUGUAGAAAUGCAGAAUUAGGCAUGUACUGUUUGUGACCAAGCAGAUCAGAGGUAGAAUUCUAAGUAACUAGCCAGGUUCAGCCUCCGGAGAAAGGAAGCUGGCAUCGUGUAACCGCGGAGAGAAGGCAGAGGGAUUGACGGAUCGUAGACAGGAAGGCAAAUAUAUGCCGGUGUUUCCUCUUGUGCCCCACCUGAGGAGGGGAGGUGGUGAACUCGGCUCAGGCAUGAGAGAAGGGCAGAACAGCAUGUGGGAAGCACCGCCAUGUCCCAGGACAGCAUGGAGCGUGAAGAAAACAGUUGGCAGGUUUUGCAAAGCUCCAUACAUGUGGAAUUGCACCGUGUUGUGCAGAGGAUAGAGCCGGACACAG